AUGACCAGUUUAAAACUGUGCCAGCAAAGAUUUAUACGCAUGUCUGUCUUGUGGUGAGAUGCAUGCGUCACCUCUUGUUUUGUUUCAAACAUGCCGACAGACAGUAGACGUUUGCAAGGACCAGAAAAUACAACUGCUUAUACGUUAUAUUUACCUAACAGUAAAAGUUAUAAUGACUUAGUAGGUGAAAUAAUUACAAGUGAUGAAAAGAGGAAAGAUGGGCGGAAAUUAUACGAGCAACGACGCAUUUUUGUGAAAACCGGAGUUAUAAGUCAGGCCAAAGGUUCAGCUUAUUUAGAACAGAAUAAUACCAAAGUCGUGUGUUCUGUAUUUGACCCACGUGAAAUUCCACGUAAAUCGGAUUAUAGUGUCAACGGAGAAUUGUAUUGUGAGUUCAAAUUUGCUCCAUUCUCCUGCAUAAAGUGGAGAAGUCAUCAGCCGGACACCCAGGAAAAGGAAUGCAGUUUAAUUUUACGUAGAGCAUUAGAACCUGCUGUUUGUCGUCAUGAGUUUCCCAAUUUCCAAGUCGAUGUGUAUGCAUUGGUUCUGGAAAAUGAUGGCUCAGCUCUUGCUGCUUCUAUCACAUGUGCUGGAUUAGCAUUAGCAGAUGCCAGUGUUCCUAUGUAUGAUCUUGUAGUAGCAGCAACCUUGGGGAUUCAUGGUGAUAAAAAAUUUAUGGAUCCAUCAGUAGAGGAAGAAUUCCUUUGUAACAUACCACCACCUGAUGGAAAGUCAUGUAACCAUGGUAUAAUCACUGCUGCCUUCUCACCAGCCCAUCAGCAGCUGUCUGAAUUUACACAGUCAGGAGCAAUGGAUAUUGAUUGUGUUACAUCUUCUAUACAGCUUCUGAGAGAAGCAUGUGAAACUAUAUAUCCUCUGUCACAGCAUUGUAUUCUUAAAAGUGUCACAAAGAUGCUCAAGAAGAAGCAAACAGAAACAAAGUUAGAUCUCAAUAGUGAUCGAAUUGCAUGUUAAGACAAGCAGAAAGGGAAAAAAACCUUCAAAUUGCUUUUGGAUACAAUAAAGUUAAUAAUUGUAAUUA